AUGGCGUCUUUCUCAAUGCAUCUGCAGUUCUCCUAUCAUAGAACUCCGAGCUGUGGCGAAGUACCUCAAUUGGGGUUACCAACUAGUCUUCCAUUUCGAAAAUCGAACACAAAACGAACAAUUGGAAUCAUCGUUGGAGCUAUUUGCGUCGGUGUUAGUGUUACAGUAAUUGCUCUGUUUUUCUAUGUCAAAAACAGAGAGAAGCAGCCUGGUCCACCGACCAUGAUUUCAUUCGAUGGACAGCACCGAGCGUAUUCCUUCUAUGACUUAAAGGCCGUAACAGGAAAUUUCAGUGAAGAGAAUCUAAUUAGAAGAGGGAGUUUCGGAGCUGUGUACAGAGGAGUAAUGAGAGAUGGAGGUUUGGCCGCCAUUAAAGUUCUUGACAUGGACCAAAAUGAUGUCGUAAAGAGCUUUAUGGUUGAGUGUGAAGCUUUUAGGUAUAUUAGGCAUCGGAAUCUGGUGAAGAUUCUAAGUGCUUGUUUGGGAUUAGAUUUCAAAGCGUUGGUAUUCCAGUACAUGGAAAAUAGGAAUUUGGAAAGUUGGAUUCAUGGAAACAGAUGA